AUGUGGUGAAUAUAAGUAUCUCAUGCAGUAAACAAUGGUAUCAAAUGUAUACAGUCUGUUGUGUUUGUGAGGGUAUGAGGAAAUUUAUAACUUGUAAUCUUAUUUUUCUUCCAGCUACGAAGAAGACUUUCCUGAUCUCGUUCCAGGUGUUGGUGAUGCUGGUGGCGAUGACGAAGAUGACACUGAGAUGCUGAUUGUCCCAGAAAACGACGAUGCCAAUGCUGAUGAUGAAAAUGAUGACUACAUUCCUGGUGCUGAGAUUGGAACCAGCAGUCCGGUCUGUGGUAAUGGUAGACAGACUGGGAUUCCACGUGGUAGGGCAAGUGGUAGAGGCCUGGUUAGAGGAAGGGACCCGGCUAGGGGUAGGGGCCCGGCUAGGGGAAGGGGCCAGGCUAGGGGAAGGGGACAAGCAAGGGGAAGGGGCCGAGGAAGGUGCAGGGGUAAGGCCGAAGCUGGGGUUCGUGUCCAAGGGGGUGACCAGACCUGGAAGAGCUAUGGGGACCCUGAUGUUGGAAAUGACAUUCCAACAUUUCAGCCAACCCGCCCACCCGGACUACACUUUGAUCAGCCCACACUUAAACGAACCAUGACCACUGCUAGUGAGUUCUUUCAUCUUUUUUUCAGUGCAGAAAUGUUAGCUAGUAUAGUAACUCAUACAAACACAUAUGCUUACAAUAACAUUGCAUCAGGUACACACUAUACCUACACAAUGGCUGAUGGUAGUUGGAAAGAAACCAGCCCUGAAGAGAUAGAUAGACUAAUUGCUCUUCUUCUUUAUUUUGGUUUAGUGCGGGUAAGUACACAGUUUGAUUAUUGGAGUACUAAGUCCCUGUAUCAUGGAUUGUGGGCCCGGGCCAUAAUGUCAAGGGAUAGGUUUAGUGCCCUCAUGGCCUUUUUGCAUGUUGUAGACCCAAAUACCGAAGACCCCGGGGAUAAGUUGCGGAAUGUAAAAGCGUUCGUCACCUAUUUCAAAUCCCGGUGCCUUAGUUUGUACCAGCCCAAACAGAAUCUUGCCAUUGAUGAACGUAUGGUUAAAUCUAGGCACAGAUCUGGCAUUAGACAGUAUAUCAGGGAUAAGCCCAUUAAGUGGGGGUUGAAACUUUGGGUUUUAGCCGACAGCAGUAAUGGAUAUACCGUUGACUUCAAUGUGUAUAUUGGGAGGCAUGCUGCGGAAACUGUUAGUAAUAAUGGUCUGGGGUAUGAUGUAGUUAUGGAACUAAUUCAACCUUUUUUGCCAUCAGGGCUAUCAUUUGUUUUUUGAUAAUUUUUAUUCAUCAGUUGUUCUUUUCAGAGAUUUAUUUGAUGUCGGUGUGCUGGCAACUGGGACAAUAUCGGAGAACCGCAGACAAUUCCCGGUGAGCAUGAAGAAUGGACGGCAGUGGGCAAAGAAACAGGAAAGGGGAAGUAUGCGCUGGGAGAGGGUUCCUCCCUGCCUUUGUUUACAGUGGAUAGAUAACAAGGUUGUAUCAGUACUAACAACCCUAGAUAAUGCUAAUGAUAAGGUUCCAACUGACAGAAAGACUAAAACAGGUAAUGUAUGGACUAAUAGAAUAGUUGACCAACCCAAGGCCAAUGAUAGAUACAAUAGGUAUAUGAAUGGGGUUGAUCGUUCGGAUCAACUCAUAGGUACUAAUAAUGUUAUGCGUAAGUGCUUGCGAUGGUGGAAAACCUUGUUCUUCCAUCUCAUUGAUAUUGCUAUUGUAAACAGUUUCAUUCUCUUUCAAGAACACCGAGCCAAUUUCCCAGACAGUGAGGAUUUACGAAGACCCCCCGGGUACACAGUUCGUAAUUUUAGGGAGGAGGUUAUCAGGCAAAUUUGUGGGUUCUCUGAGUAUGCUAACCCCCCUGUAGCUGUAAGGAGGCCAACUCUCCCUAACCCCACCAGUGUGUUUGAUUCUAUUCAUGUGCCAGAGUUUACAGAUUUUAGGAGACGGUGCACGGUUUGUUACAAGCAGGGUAGAGGUGAGUUCAAGGUGCACACGUAUUGUAGUGCCCCACAGUGUGGUAAGUAUCUACAUGUAACUAAGGAGAGAAAUUGUUUUUUGGAAUGGCAUAAUAGUGCAUAUCAUUAUAAUUAA